AUGGAAGCAAAUCUUUCACCAGAGUCACUAGACUUUGCGACACCCAUCAUGGCCACGACUCCCUCGCUGAGCCCGUCGCCCUCAAUGGGUGUCGGUCCCCCACCUGGCACCAUCAAGCUGGAGGAUCUACACUUGCCUCUUUUUGAGGAACCCUCCCAGACACCUGAGCCAACCCAGACACCCGAGGAAGCCGACAAAGCCCCGACGUCACUAAAGCCUGGCAAGAAGCGCAAGUCAUGGGGUCAGAAACUGCCUGAACCGAAGACAAAUUUGCCCCCUCGCAAACGAGCAAAGACACAGGACGAGAAAGAACAACGCCGGAUCGAGCGCAUCAAGAGGAACAGGCUCGCAGCUCACAAUUCGAGGGAGCGAAAGCGGGUCGAGGUUGAGGAGCUACAGCAAAAGAACGACGCGCUCGAAGAGCAGGUUCGGUCAAUGCAGGAAACCAUGGCGCGAAUGACGGAAGAGCUCGCUGGGCUACGCAGCAGAGUGUUGCGCACCCCGUCAGCCCACCCCAAAGUUGAGCCGCCAUCCUCGCUUGCGAAUCUGGGAAGGAAACCGCCCACGAUUGGACCUUAUCAGGCUAUGUCACCGCCCGAAUCCACCCUAGGCUCCUUCGACAUACCUUCGGAGGCUUCAACGCAACCAAGCACACCAUUUGUCAACAACCUGAUCGAUGUCGCCAGCACCGAACCCGUACAGACACAACAUUCUGCUGCAAUGUUGUGGGACCUGCAGUUCGGUCUCUUCGAUUUCGUCAACCUUCCUGCCGACGAUCCGGAGCAACAGCCUCACUUCAAUGACGCCACACCGUGGUACCCCCUCACUACGAACAGUUUCAGCGACUAUGACUUGUUUGAGCACUCGGCUUCGAAUCCUAUCGACAUGCAGGCCCUCUCUGGCGCAGCGGCUUUCCCAGCUGUUAGCGACGAGUAUGGCCAUGCGGUUGAUUACUUCGAGCAGGAUGCUUGA